AUGCACAUCUACUGCUCGCCACCAAGCUUCGGGCGCGGGAGCGCCCAGGUAAAAACUAUACAUGGAAGCAACUGGGGUGGUGACACCAUAAGCCCCUGGAAUAUAAGUGCUAGCCGCAAGGGGUCGGGUACCACUCAGCGUAUAUGCAACAGCAUCGAGUGUCCCUAA